UUUUCUUUUUUUCUUUUUAUAUGUCAGAAUUUCCUCACUCAAUAUGGAUACAUAUCAUCCUCGCGUAGUGGCAACCACGAUUUCUCGAUAGCUAUCCGCAAGUUUCAGGAAUUCUUUGGUCUAAAAAUCAGGGGUAUUUUGGACUCUUCAACUGUUAAUCUUAUGAAAAAGCCUCGAUGUGGUGUUCCUGAUGUAAGUGAAGGAGGUCGCUUCCGAAGAUACGUUACUGGAGGUAAAUGGUCAAAGACUCAUUUGACAUAUUUCGUGCAGCCAGGGCAAGACCUACCUGAAGUGAGUAUAGAAAACCAUAGUAAACAUUGAACAUAAGAGAUAUGGGCACUUAUAUAGGCCAUUCGAUAUCAUCAUCUUUAGUGUCAUGAUUAUCUAAUCACCAUCAUUAUUGUUUGCAAAUAUAACUAGGCGUCUGUUUGGAAGACACAUGCAAGCAAGUAGCAUUCGAAAAUUAGCAAUUACUUGCCAAGAGCGAAGGCACGAGACGUUCUGUUUGCCCCAUGCGAUGGAAUGCAAGACAUUGGAUUCUGACUUCCAAGCCGUGGAUUCCAGAUUCCAUGUACUGGACACCAGACUUUGUCAGUGGAACUUGGAUUCUGAAUUCUAAUCGUUAGUGGGAUUCCGGAUUGCACAAGCAAAAAUUUUCCCGAUUACCUUGCAUGGGCGAAUCUGUUCAUAUACAAAAGUCAUUAAAUUAAUGCUAAUGGAAGCAAGGGCUACCGAUAGCCGACAUAUUAAAGGAUUUUGCAAUGGUUGUUUCUACGUAAAGUUAUAUUGAUCCAUAGUAAGGGAUGUAUUGAUCAUAUGGUGCAAAAAUUGACGAGCCUGUGACCUCGAAUCUGUGACUUAACAUUGUUCUCAUAAAUUCGUGCGCAGGAUUUGCAAAGGAAGAUAUUUGGCGACGCCUUGCAGUUCUGGGCUGAUGUGUCUGGACUAACUUUUAAUAAAGUUAGCAGUGCGAGAAGUGCUGACAUUAAAAUCAGGUAAAAUACCUUUUCAAAAUGAUUACACAGAAAGAAAUAUCCCUACAAGGUGCUAAACAACAUUAACUAAGAAGCCAUACAUACACUGUAAACGCUAAGUGGCUAUUCCCCUGGUGAGUUAGUUGUAUGUUGUUGUCAGUGUAUAUUUUUCAGUAGUUAGGUAUGAGCUUCUAUAUUAUUAAGGUGGCUAAACACAGUUUUGGCAGUUUGUGAGUAUGUGUGAUUUGCCAAAUCGUGGCAAGAGAAAGGUUCCAGCUCACAAACUGAAACUUGGCAAGUGAAAAAUAUGCUGACAAAAAGAUUUUGAUUGACAAGUAAAAUUUGACGUUUUCGUAGUUUCCAUGCCAACAUAAACGAUUGAGUACAACCUUAAAAUUUCACUUUUGUUCAGUUUACAUAAAAUUCGCUCAUUAGAUUUUCCUAUAAACUUGCACGCAGCUUACUAUAAUUAAUUAUUACCAUUUGAAACUUAUUUGACCAAAUUUUAACAGACAGGUUUUUAGAUAAUCAAUAAUAUAAUGGUACUGUAAUUAUUAAAUGUGUCACAAAAUUCGUCUGUUCAACUUUCAUUUUAAAGUUCUCAUUAUUUAAAAUACGAUAAAAGUAAAACUUCUGCCAAAUUAAACAUCAAACUUUUAAUGAGUAGAUUUUGAGAAAUCGCCUUCUGUGUACCAUUGCUUUUUUCGCCACCAUGUUUGUUUGUCUAAUUUAAAACAUGCGCCGUCACGCGAGUUGCCACUGACCGCCCACAAAACUUUGUUCAGCCACCUUAAUUGUACUGCAAAGCUAGUAAAAUAAAGAAGCAGGGUGGAUUUUUUUAUUCUGCCAGGGAAAUGUGCACUCACUGGUCAUGUGUGUGCCCUUCUAAUCAAUACAAACUCGUAUUCUCAGUUUUGGAAGCUACAGACACAGCGGUACAGAUGCGGAAUACACUUGCUGGCAUCCAUUCAACGGACCUGGUGGUGUGUUAGCACAUGCGUAUUACCCUCAAGACGGAAGAGCCCAUUUUGAUGAAGACGAAACAUUCACCCACAAUACUCCGUCUGGCACCAAUCUCUUGUGGGUUGCAGUACACGAGUUUGGACAUUCUUUAGGCCUUGCUCAUUCAAACGUCCGCCACGCUGUGAUGUACCCUUACUACACAGGUUAUGUUCCAGACAUGAAACUCCAUUCUGAUGAUAUCGCUGGCAUACAAUACUUAUACGGUGAGAGACAAGUGAAAGCCCAUGAUAGGAGUGUAGUGUGACAGAUCUCUUCAUAAAAUUAUUCUCCUUUUAAGAAACUAUAAAUUUUACAUAGACCUAAAACAAAUAGCCCCCAAUUCAAAACAGAGAAAGCAUCAUAGUUACGUUCUGGGCUAUUGUUGUCGUUGUUGUUGUUUUGUUUUGUUUUUUGUUUGUUGUUGUUGUGGUUGUUGCACACAAAGCAAGUCUUUAUUUUACUGCGGCUCAUUGCUAUCUUUUUAAAGUAAUACAAAAACAAUUCUCCACUGCCUACAUAAAGUAAGUAAAGUGUUUUGGAAAUUGCCGCCAAGGAACUAAGAAUUGCAAAAUCAACACCCGCGUCAUUGCUGCGGUCUAAUUUACCCUCAAGGGCCAAAGUGACUGAACUAUUAGCGCGAAGAAAAAAAAAACGUUCAGUUGUUGUAAAAGUAAUGAUAAUGACAAUAAUUGAUACUGACAAUGACAAAGAUAAUGAUUUAAAUGGUAAUGAUAAUGAUUAUGAAAGGGAAAAUAAUAUUGACAAAGACGACGAUGAAGAUGACGAGGAAGAAGACGAUAAUGAUAACGAUGAUGACGACGAUGACGACGAAGAAGACGAUAAUGAUAACGAUGACGAUGACGAUGACGACGAAGAAGUUGAUAAUGAAAACGAUGACGAUGACGACGAAGAAGACGAGAACGAUAACGAUGACGAUGACGACGAAGAAGAUGAUAAUGAUAAUGAUGACGAUGACGACGAAGAAGACGAUAAUGAUAACGAUGACGAUGACGAUGACGAUGACAACGAAGAAGUUGAUAAUGAUAACGAUGACGAUGACGAUGACGACGAAGAAGACGAUAAUGAUAACGAUGACGAUGACGAUGACGAUGACGACGAAGAAGUUGAUAAUGAUAACGAUGACGAUGACGACGAAGAAGACGAUAAUGAUAACGAUGACGAUGACGACAAAGAAGUUGAUAAUGAUAACGAUGACGAUGACGACGAAGAAGACGAUAAUGAUAACGAUGACGGUGACGACGAAGAAGUUGAUAAUGAUAACAAUGACCAUGACCAUGACGAUGACCAUGACAACGAUAAUGAUAAUGUGAAAGUCUUGAACCCAGGAGUCAUUUCAAAAUUAGGUUGAGUUUGAUCGUCCGGGUGAACGUACUUCUGAAUAGGACUGUUGUUGUUGACAAUGACUGACAGCGACAACCUGUGCGUUAAUCAUCUUCAGAGUCAAAGUGAGUUGUAUCACGUCAGUUGAUGGUAUUAUACUCUGGUUAUUGACCUGAUUGGUCAACUAAGUCGUGAUGUUAUUGGUCGUCUGUCAGUUAAGCCGUGAUAGGUCACUGACCAGUCACGAAGAGCGCAAGGUUACAGAAAUCCGUUACGGAAAUCGCGCCAAAAUCACCCUUCUCAUGUGUGAACAGAAGCCCUAUCCUGUAUGGUUUUCGUGCAGGCGCAAAAGCUCUCUGUUUAAACUCGAAAUUGCGAGAAAGGGUCUCAUCAUGGCUUUACUGACGGACGACCAAUAUCAUCGCAACGUAAUUGACCAAUCAGGUAAAUAACCAGAGUAUUAUAUGAUCAUUACAACGUGAUACAACUCACUUUGACUCUGAAGAUGACUACCUCACGGGUUGUCGAAACGUCAGUCACUGUCAACAACAACAGUCCUAUUCUCGGCUUGCACUGUCACGCAAUGAAAAAUCAAAAUGCAAACCAUUCAAUACAGAAGGACUAGAAUCUGGGAAAUGAGAAAAGAUGAUUAUACAAAAACCCUUGCCAAGAAUCAGUUCUGUGAAAUAUUUCAAAUGCGAGAUAUUGGGAAAAACGGUUAACCUAAAUUUAUAAAGCUUUGUAUGGAAAUUCCAUGUUGGUGUCCCUGAAUAUGGCCGCCGGAUACCAACAGAAACAUCUGUUUUCAAGUUUUCCUACUGAUGCGUGAAUUCUUCGCUUGAGGAACUCAUAAAGAUUACAGUAAUAUUUAUUCUGAGACAAGGAAUGUUUAGAUUGCAAAAUCUCCCAAAAUCGGUAAUGUUUUUAACCCACAUAAGAGCUUUCCCUGCCGCCAGCUAAAUGCCGAGUCACGCAAAAGCCCGGAAAUUCAAGCGUCCUCUCUCGCAAAACGAAGAACCCUUUCGAACCAAAAAUUUGUUUAUGUAAAGGUGUUUAGGUACUGUAAUACCUCGUGAAAGUAGAAACUCAGAAGAAUCGAUAGUUUCUUAGUUUGAUUUUUGGUGACGUCACGUGCAACCCAAGGAUAUCAGGACUACUUUAAAUUCUCCUGGACGAUCAAACUCAACCUACGUCUGACAAUGAUAAUGAUAAUGAUUUUUUUUAAAAUGUAUACAUUAUAGGUCCUAACACUGGAGGUGGUGGCGCACACACUUCCACUCCUACACAAGCUCCCACCCAAGCUCCCACCCAAGCUCCCACCCAUGCUCCCACCCAAGCUCCCACCCAUGCUCCCACUCCUGCUCCACCCACGACCACGGCACCAGGCAAGUAUAUUUAAACAUGCUAAGAAAUAGGCACCCAGGUAGGGUUAGACUUUAUGACCUUGGAGGAUCAUACUAUUUAACUCAUCGUUAUCACUUCUUAGCUCAUCUGUUUUUAAAUAGCAGCAGGUUGCAGUCUGUAUCUAUUAAUCAGUUAAUGUAACUUGUUUUGAACCCAGGACUGUCAUGCCAGUUGACUGAAUUCCUACGACAGCAUGCAUCCGCAAUAUGACGACAGCAAUAAAGUGAUUUCUUUUCUCUUUCUUGCAAUGGCAAAGCAAUGGAUUAUAAGCCGGCAUGUCUAACCGCAUCACGUAUCACAAUCCUUUCCCCGAUAUUACUAACAUAUACCAAAUUCAAUUUAGGUUGAUCUGGCAAAUGAUCGUUGGCAAUUAGUAAUUACGCAUUUGUGCACAGGAAAUCAUCGCACUGCUUUCCUCGAGUGACCACCAAACAGUAGCUUCCCUGUACACAAUUCUCAAUGCCUGAAGCAACCUUCAUUGAAUCGGAUAUUUUUUCCAAGAUUAGCCAAAACGGUGACGUUACUGUUUGUCCCAUCCCGGGGGUCAAAACGAAACCCAGAAAAAUGAAGCUGAGGGCUCAAUAGAAAUACACAAGUCUCCCUAAAUCACUUUUCUAAAUAAUACUCUAAGGUAAAGUUUAUUAUUAGCAGAUGAUUUUUUUCUUCUCUAGCUGGGCAUUCACGUCCUUCGUGAAUUUAACCUGAUAUAAUAGCGGCAUCCUAUCUAAGGAUCACACCGGGUACACAACGCUAACAAGGUCAAAAAGAGUUAACCUAUUUAAGGAUCGAGACCCUCAAAACCAUAACCUAUAGGGCGGUACAUACCUGUAUACCCCAUAUAUAUGGGCGUAUCCCCGGAACCGUUUGACCCCUAGGGUAAAUGUAAAGUAACUGUAACAUAGAAAGUACUGUAACACAGUAAGAAACUAAGACAUGCAGAACGUGUUCCAUGUGAACUGCUGUAACACAUAAUUAUAGACCAAAACAUGCAGAACUUGUUCCAUCUGCGUGCAAUAACAGCAGCUGCUUCUGAAAGAUUUUCAUAUACAUGCUUUCUCUUUGAGUUAGGGAGCUGCAAUGACCGUUCACCUUCCUCGGAUUGCCAGGGAUGGAAGGAAGCUGGUUUUUGCACGCAUCCUGAUCAUAAACCUGCAUUGGUAUAUUGGUGCCCUAAGACCUGUUUCAACUGUAAG